AUGUUCUACAUCUUCAACUCUGACAACGGCCUGUCGAUUUUCCGGAUAUUGCCACAAAACACGACAAGGAAUCAAAGCAAAAUGUUCAGGCAGAUGGUAAAGAAUAUGACGAUUGAACUACCAAAGUGUCCAGAAACUUCUCCUCUGCUGGUGGGUCCCUUAAAAAUUGAAUUCAACGACUCAGUGACUUUAGACGACAUAAGGGCGCAGAACCCUGCUCUCCAGCUUGGCGGUCGCUGGCGUCCCACAAACUGCAUCGCCCAACAGAAGGUGGCCAUAAUCAUCCCCUUCAGGGACCGGGAGUCCCACCUCAAGCACUGGCUCCACUUUCUCCACCCCAUCCUCCAGAGGCAACAGCUUGACUACCGCGUUUACGUCAUCAAUCAGGCCGGAGACACGACAUUCAACAAGGCCAGACUCAUGGAUGCUGGCUUCUUGGAAGCUCUGAAGGAGUACGACUAUGACUGCUUCGUCUUCCAUGAUGUGGACAUCAUCCCCAUGGACGACCGAAACACCUACAAGUGCUUCAGUCAACCCAGGCAUCUUGCCGUGGCUCUGGACAAGUUUGGCUUCAGAGAUGAGGAAGGUAAAUGUCCAAUCAAUCUGCACAAUCUUGCUGUGGCUCUGGACAAGUUUGGCUUCAGUUUGCCAUAUCAUUGGAUCUAUGGAGGAAUAACAGCAUUGAGCAAAGAACAGUUCAUGAAGAUCAACGGCUUUCCUACCAUGUAUUGGGGUUGGGGAGGGGAAGAUGACGACAUCUCCCACAGGCUGUCCUUCAAAGGCAUGUCCAUAUCAAGACCUGAUGCAAUUGUAGGGAGAUGCAAAAUGAUCCGUCACGGUAGAGAUGAGCUCAAUCAAGUUAACCCCAAAAGACAUAACAAUCUGGCAAAGACUAAUGAAACAAUGGACAUCGACGGCAUAAACUCGCUCCGGUACGAUGUAAUCAGCAUCAACAGAACACAGCUUCAUACUAAAAUCACAGUGGAUAUCGGCACGCCUUGACAAACUCUGCCAACUCACUGAACACUCCCCUGCUCUGCAAAAGAAAAAAAAUAAAUCAUCAUCCUAGGUACUUAAAAAAAUGUUAAUUUGUUACAAUAUAUGACAAAAGAAUACGUACAAUGGUAAACUCAUUUUAAGGGAAAUGUUUGAAUUCCUCCUAACAUCAUCUAAAAGUAUGAGGGUUUGUGUUUCAUCGUGUUUGGGAAAGGACAACUGGGUGACUACGUUGACAUUAUGUGCGUCUGACGUUGCCAUU